AUGAGCUACUCUCUCUACGACGCCUCCAUCCCCCUGGCCAAGAGCGCCCUCAAGUCUCUCACCAACAUCCUCAAGCUGGGCGAGGCCUCGCCCAAUGCCGCCACUCUCCUCGCCGCCCGCAUCCAUCCCGACAUGCUGCCCCUCGUCUUCCAGGUCAAGAUGGUCACCGACACCUCAACCAAGAUCGUCGCCCGUCUGACCGGCGCCGAGCCUCAUGCCUGGGAGGGCGAGGUUGAGACCUUUGCCGACUGCUACGCCCGCAUCGCCAAGGCUGAGGAGAUCCUCGCCACUGCCGACAAGGACGUCAUCAACAAGCGCCAGAACGAGCUCGUCACCCUUGGAAUGGGCUCUGCUGGCACUUUUGAGAUGCCCGGCUCCCACUACCUCAACGGCUAUGUUCUGCCUAACCUCUUCUUCCACCUCUCUACCGCUUACAACAUUAUGCGCAAGGAGGGCGUUCCUCUGGGCAAGCAGGCUUACCUUGAGUCCUUCAUUGGCCAGUACCUCAAGCAGUAA